UUGAAAAAUUAGAGGAAUUUACAAUAAAGUAUUUACUGUAAAAUCAGCUUUCCAAUCACGAGCAGCGCGCAGUUCUUGAAAUCUCAAUCGGUAACCGACUUUUGGCAUAGGAUGGCCAAAAGUCAGUUACCGACUGAUGCAUUUGCAUUUAUGAAGUUUUUUCCUGGCACAAUAUUCUCGAUUUUCUGCGUAAAGAUAAUCGAAUUGUCUUUACGUAACUAAAUUUACGGAAUGUGGAAAACGCGAGUUCAUCGGGAAAAAUGAUGGGACUAGUGUCUUUUUCUAUACCCACAGAACCCAGGCAUGAAAAAAUCCUGUCCGCCCACAGCAUGAAAAUAAUUUAUCAUCGCGCCGUGAGAGUUUUUCGAUUAACGCGACUACAUAACUUCCUUAUCAAAUUAUCUGGUUAACACGUUACUAAGGUUAAUCUGAUACUUGUAUAAUAAGCAACAUGGAUCGCUGGAGAGGUAGAAUCGCUCUAGUAACGGGUGCUUCGGCGGGAAUAGGAGUUUCUCUAUGUAAAGAAUUGGUAAAAAAUGGGAUGAUAGUCAUCGGAUGUGCCAGAAAUGUGGAUGCUAUCAAGAAACUAGCCGAAGAAUUAAAAGAUCUAGGCCAUCUGUACCCAAUCAGAUGCGAUCUAAACAACGAAUCGGAAAUUUUGAAGAUGUUUGAAGAGAUUCGUGAUAGAUACGAUCGUAUCGAUGUUUGCAUAAACAAUGCUGGCUUGUGUAACAUCAGCCCUUUGAUUAAUGGUGAUACAGAGAUUUGGAGAAAUAUGCUUCAAGUUAAUGUACUGGCAUUAUGCAUCUGUACACGCGAAGCAAUAAAAUUGAUGCAAGAAAAGAACAUAAGAGAUGGACAGAUUAUACAUAUUGGCAGCAUCUUAGGACAUAAAGUAUAUUCGUCGGGUGGAUCAAGUUUUUAUAGUGGAACAAAGUACAUGGUAAGAGCUCUUGUAGAAGGAUUGCGACAGGAAUUAAGACAGGAGAAAAGUGAAAUAAGAAUUUGUUCCAUCAGUCCAGGUUUGGUAGAUACAGAAUUUAUGGAAAGGAUGCUUCAGAAUAAAGAAAUGGCUAAAACUAUAAAGGGAAGCAUGGCAACUCUUAAAGCUGACGAUAUAACAAAUGCCGUUAUUAAUGUAUUAAAAAUGCCCAAACAUGUUGACAUUAACGACAUUCUGGUUCGUCCGACGGAGCAAAUGUUUUAAAGAAUGAAAAGUCAUUCUAUCAUUAAUCAUCACUGUAAUCAAACAUUAUGGCUAAGAUGUAUUGUGUUUAGCCAAAAACUUAAGACACCAAUUAAGUUUCAAUAUAUUGUUCUGAUAUGUAUUUGUGAAAUGAUUAUGUUGAAAUUAAGAAUUAAAUGUUAUUUGUGGAUUCCACUAUCGGCUCUAAGCAAGCAAGCAAGCAAACUAUUGUGAUGAUCCCUUUCAUUUGAAAAGAUUUAAUCAUUGGAUCACUUACUUAUCUGCU